AUGCCGUCGAGUUCGAGAAAUGAUUUGCCAAAACCUAAAAUACCCGGGGACAGAAUUGUUAUUUCCGGGAUGUCAGGUUUGUUCCCGGAAGCGUAUAACGUGAAACAAUUCGAGGAAAUCCUGUACAAUAAGAUCAAUCCCGUUACAUCCGAGAACUGCCGCUGGAAGUAUGACCAUCCAGAAGUGGCACAGUAUACUGGAAAAGUUCCAGACUUGGAGCAUUUCGAUGGUCAAUUUUUCAAGGUCCAUUAUCGAUUGGGGAACGCAAUGGAUCCCAUGUCCAGAAAAGCACUUGAGCAAGCGUUUCAAGCUAUUUACGAUGCGGGUGUUAAUUCUGAUGAUCUAUCUGGUAAGAAAGUUGGUGUCUAUAUAGGAUCCUGCUUUUCUGAAGCUGAAAAGGGUAAUUUAUACAUCACUACUUCAAGAACUGGUUUCGGUAUUAUGGGAUGCAGCAAAACUAUGUACGCUAAUCGCAUCUCGUAUUGGCUAAACGCUAAAGGGCCUUCAAUAGCUGUAGACCAGGCCUGCUGUAGUUCUAUUGUGGCUCUGGAACUAGCAUACAAUUCCAUUCUUCGAGGGGAUGUCGAUGCUGCUAUUGUUGGAGGUGCAAGUUUGUGUCUACUACCACAGUCUUCUGUCCAUUUGAGAAGAGUUCUCGAUUUAAACAAAGAUGGAAAGACAAGAUCGUUUGAUAAAAACGCCUGCGGCUGUUCGAAGUCUGAAGCCGUCAAUGUUUUGUUUCUUCAAAGAGCUAAGGACGCGUUAAGAGUUUACGCUGAAAUCGUCCACGUUAAAUCUGAAUUUUCCGGCCUGCCUGAAGGUGAAAACGGCCCAAAAUUCGGCUUCUACCGUCAACCUGAAAAGGUCAAAGGAUUUCUUAAGAAGUUCUAUGAAGAGAUCAAUGUUGCACCGGGUGAAGUGGAUUACCUUGAAGCAGUGGGGUCUGCAACACCUGAGAACGACAAAAUGGAGUUGGAUGUUAUAGAUGACGUGUUUUGUAAGAAACGUAGUAGACCAUUACUUGUCGGCAGUGUACUAUCCAACAUCGGGUAUGGUGAAGCAGCAUCAGGGAUUUCCUCAAUCACGAAGGUUAUACUGGGAUACGAAAGAGGAGAAAUUGCAUCGAACCUCCACUGUGACAAUCCUCGAGACGACGUUGAGGGACUAAAAAAUGGGAAAAUGAGUAUUGUCACAAAUCACAGUCCCUUGAAGCCAGGAUACGCUGCAAUCAAUGGACUUUCCAUUACAGGCGUAAAUGCCCAUGUUCUUCUGCACGGCUGUAACAAACCUAAGGAUUUAAACAGAUACAAGUCCAGCAUCCCCCACCUUGUAACAAUAUCAGGUCGGCAACAGUCCGCUGUAGAAAAAAUAUUAAACGACCUAAAGAGCCGCCCAAUAGAUCCAGAGGAAUUGGCAUUGUUCCAUAACAUCCACAAGGCCAAGAUCUCUGCACAUUUAGGAAGAGGUUUUACAAUUCUAGACAAAAACGAAAACAACGAAACGAUAAGCUUAGCAGAGAAAGCAGAUUAUUAUGAUGAUACCACAAGUCCUCUGUGGUUCGUCUACAGUGGUAUGGGCUCGCAGUGGGCUGGGAUGGGAACGCAACUCAUGCGCAUACCAGUUUUUGCUGCAGCUAUUGAAAGAUGUCGUCAAGCAUUGGGACCAAAAGGACUAGAUAUAGUACACAUAAUUACUACACCGGACAAGACUAUCAUGGAUAAUAUUCUUCACUGUUUUGUUGGAAUCGCUGCCGUGCAAAUUGGACUUACGGAUGUGCUGAAGGAAUUGGGACUAGUUCCUGAUAAGAUAAUUGGUCACAGUGUAGGAGAACUUGGAUGCGCAUACGCCGAUGGCUGUCUGACAGCGGAAGAAAUGAUCUUAUCUGCUUACAGUCGUGGCCUUGUGUCUGUACAGACACCAUUUAUAAAAGGUUCUAUGGCUGCUGUUGGACUCGGAUAUAAGGAGGUGUCAAAGUUGAUCCCACCAGAAAUUGAAAUAGCGUGCCAUAAUAGUUCUGAAUCAAGUACGCUAUCUGGCCCAGCGGAUAAAAUGAAACAGUUCGUGCAAUCUUUGGUUGAGAAAGGAAUAUUUGCUAAGGAAGUCCCUUGUUCCAAUAUUGCGUAUCACUCUAAAUAUAUCGCCGAAGCAGGUCCCGGACUCCUAAAAUAUUUGAACGAUGUCAUCAAAACUCCAAGACCUCGCAGUGACCGUUGGGUGUCAACAUCGAUACCUCAGGACCGAUGGAACGAGGAGCUUGCCAAGUAUUCAUCUGCAGAGUAUCAUACGAAUAAUUUAUUGAAUUCCGUAUUGUUUGAAGAAACCUGUAGUCUCAUACCAAAGAACGCGGUGCUUGUAGAAGUAGCUCCACACGGGCUGUUGCAGGCAAUUUUAAAGAGAGCGUUACCUUCGUGUGUUAAUAUUCCUCUUACUCGCAGAGGGCACUCAGACAAUGUCGUUGUCUUACUGGAAGCUAUUGGAAAAUUAUACAUGGAAGGAUAUAAUCCGAAGAUAUCCACACUGUAUCCCAAGGUGGAGUUUCCUGUGUCAACGGGGACACCAAAGUUGGGGCAUCUAGUGGAGUGGGCACACACUGAGAAGUGGUUUGUAUCUCAGUACGUUUCAGCUUCAAAAAAGCAAGCCGUGGCUUGUAAAUUUUUAGUAUCAGUUCAUGACGAUGAAAACAAAUACUUAAAGGGGCAUGUGAUAAGAGGAAAAAACCUAUACCCAUUUUCUGCUGCUUUAGUCUCCGUAUGGGACACAUUUGCAAUGCACAAUGGUUACGAAAAGAGAAAUGUAUCUGUUCGAUUUAGUGACUUGCACUUCCUCGCUCAGCCUGUAUUGCAUUAUAGAGAACAGUUAAAAAUUCAAGUUAAUAUCCACAGAGGAACAGGAAAAUUCGAGGUUUUGAAUGAAAACAUAGUGGUCGUUACUGGUUAUAUAAAUCAGCAUUCGGCAAAAGAGAACUUCAAGCAACAUAAGAUAGAUAUUGAUACUAACGAGUCUACGAUCUUGAAAGCUAAUGAUGUUUAUAAACUACUUCACACAAGAGACUUCAAUUAUAGCGGUGAUUUCCAAACAAUUCACACUACAAGCACCAACAUGACUGAAGCUACUGUACACUGGAAAAAUAACUGGAUUUCUUUUAUCGAUGGCCUCUUACAAUGUAAUGCUUUAAGACGAAAGGAUAAAGUUUGCUGUCAGCCAGAGUUCGCAAGAAACAUUACUAUUGAUCUUCGUCAUCACAAAGAUAUACUUUCGGAUCAAGAUGAUGGUAUUUUACCUGUGGAAAUCUCCGAUGUAUUUGAUAGAACAAGGUGUGGCGGAGUUGUCAUACACAAUCUGAGAUUCCAUGAUGUAGUUGUAAACAGCAAAGACGACAUUAUAUUAAAAACGACGCAGUUUGUUCCACAUUUUACCACAGAUUAUUGUAAUGAAACUAUUGCUCUGAAUACCUUUAUUCAAAUCAUUGCCGAUAAUAUUUACAAAGAUGAAAUUACUUUUAUGGAAGUUAUUGAUACAAAAUUGUCUAAGUUUAAUAAUUUAGAUACUAUCGCCAAUAACAUCGUUCCUAAAUUUAAAUAUCAAACAAAGUUAGCAAAUGACAUAAAAGCUACCAAUAAAAUUGAUGCGGAUGUUAUCCUUGUCACUAACUUAACUACAAAUGAGACGUUAUGUAAAACUUUUUACAAAAGUGUAUCGCCUAAUACUUUUAUUAUAAGCAAGGAGUAUAAAAACGAGACAAAAACGCGACCAGAUGCUCUAUUUACUGUUGUGUCUCAUCACUUUAUUGGAGAUAAAGUUAUUAAAUUAUUAAGAUGGCAACCAAUAAAUUCUACUACGGGAACUACCUUCGCUACUGUCCGAUCAGAGUCAGAUCUUAGUCAUUUGUCAAGCACCUUAACCGCUUUACCGAAAAAUCAAAAACUCAUGGUAUUUUCUCUUUACCCACCAAUAAGUAAUUUAGUAGAUUCUAUAAUAAAUUGGCGUAAGGCUAAUCAUGACGUAAACUUGCUAAUGAUUAAUAAUGAAGGUAACGAAGAACAACAAGUCGAAGCACUCCCGAAAUCGGAUUUGGCUAUUGCUGCUUUAAACAAGGACAUUUGGGGGGGAUAUUACAAUAUUCCGAUAGAAAACGCAAGCCAACAGAUUAGGGAUGUGGUUUUAGAAAGUUCUCAGAUUGGAGAUAUUGGAUCAUUAAAAUGGGUUGAAGCACCACAAGUUUCAAAUUCUAAUGGAAUAAAUGUGAUGGUCCAUUAUGCUGGUAUCAAUGAAACUGACAUCAAAAGGGCAUUAGGUGUAGUUCCAUUAAAAGAUACUGAUAAAAUCUACUAUGGAAUGGACUUUAGUGGUGAAACAACAAACGGUACCAAAGUAAUGGGCUUAACGAAUAAAGGUGCUGCAAGGACUUCGAUUAAGGCUAAUCCAAAUCUUUUAUGGCCAGUUCCUGAUCAUUGGUCCUUAGAAGACGCUGCCACUGUGCCUCUAGCGUAUUGUCUAGCCUUCUACUGCCUCGCUAUUAAAUCCAAACUUGUACCUGGUAUGCGGGUACUCAUUCACGGUGGAAGUGGAGCGUUGGGCCAAGCUGCUAUAUCUAUUUGUCUAGCCAACAACUGCGAAGUUUUCACUACAGUUUCAGAUAGCAGCAAGAAGCAUUUCCUGAAAAGGCUGUUUCCACAACUUAAAGAAACCAACAUUGGUAACUCAAGAGACGUAACGUUUGGGGAUAUGGUCUUGGGCAAAACGAAAGGCGUAGGAUGUGACAUCAUUAUGAGCUGUGUUAAGGGUGAACUGAAAAACAUAUCCUUAAAAUGCUGUGCCGCAUCAGGUUUGAUGAUUGAUACGAGUCUCUUGAAAAACAAAGAAAAAUUCAUUUACGGAAUGUACAAUAUGACGAAAAGCAGGUCGUUUAAAGUUAUAGACUUUUCUCCGGUAUUCGAAAAAGAGCACGAAGGAGAUUUGAAACUCCUACAACUUCUGGUAAGCGAAGGCAUAGCUCGUGGGUAUGUCCGCCCGCUCACACGCGUCGUCUAUAACCCCGAAGAAGUGUCAAGAGCCUUCCGCCUGGUAGCUGCUAGCAACCAUCGUGGUCGUGUCCUUAUCAACAUGAAGCAAAAGAUAACUGCAUAUAAAACUCGGCUGAGCGUCUCACCUGACAAGUACCAUGUUGUUAUUUCUGACGAAGAUAUAUUAGUGAUAGAAUUCGUCGGCCGUCUUGUUGAAGAAGGUGCAAGGAAGAUACAACUGAUAUGUGCAAAGGGUUCUAAUUUCUUAAUGUACAAGAUCAAGGCUUGGAAAGAAUUGGGAGUUGGAGUGGAAGUGACUGUAAAAGACAUUUGGAAUAUAUCCAAAAUUUCUGAAAUCCUUGAUGAUCCAAUAAAAGCGCAAGUUGAGGGUAUUUACACAAUCGUAACAAAGAAGAGUGAUUCAGCAAAAGUUACUAAGUUCUUAGAUAACUUGGAUAAGAACACGCAAAAGGGUUGUACAAAAUUAAGAUACUUUGCAAUAAUCAAUGAAGAAAGCCACAUUGGGCAAGACAUUUGUGUAUCGAGGAGCAAGAGUCUUCUACCCGCUAUGCAUGUGACGCUACCGCCUUUAAGAUGCACUGAUGAACCCCAUAAGCAACGUACAAUAUCUAUUAAAUCCGCAAUUGAAACUAUCGAACGUGCAUUAUUAUCACCAUACGUCAUAAUUACAUCCGAAAUACCAGUAAGAAAUACAUCAUUAAGUAAAGAAGUUGCUGUUUUAGCAGGAGUAACGAUACCAGAAACGGUAGAUGAAACCACAUCCUUUAUAGAUCUGGGUAUGGAUUUGGUAAAAUCUCAAGCAAUACGCACAUUCCUGGGAGAUAAGUAUUAUAUACAUUUGGAUGAGGACCAGGUUCCGAACUUAACGUUUGAAAGAUUACAAAAGUUCGAGGAUUUAUCAACGGAAAAAGUGUUCUAUGAUACAAAAGGUUUAGACACAUUCUUAUCUUAUGCAGACAAUGAUGAACUUUUAGCUACCACGGAGAUGGUAUUUCUACCAACAAUGACAAAUACCACUGCUAUGCGGCACGAUGAGUUUGAUGCAAGCCAGAUAUUCCUGUGUAUAGUCCCCGGUAUUGAAGGACAUCAUCAACGUUUUACCAAAAUGUGUGAGCGAUUGAAAUUACCCGCGAUGGUGCUUCAACCAAAAUUGGGGGAACCUAACGAGACCCUUGAGGAGUUAGCGGAAAGACUAACCCAGAUAUUGCUUAAUCAAACGGACUUAAAGAACUUCUACCUCCUAGGUUAUGAAUCUGGAGUAUGCAUUGCUCUAGAAAUGGCUUCAAUUCUUGAAAGCAAAGGUCUCACUGGGUUAGUGUAUUGCCUCGGCGGCUCUCCUAAAGAAAUCAAAAAGCAAAUCGACUUACAAUUAAGUGAGUACAAAGAUGAAACCUGUCUCAAAGGAGCUAUUACGAAGCAUCUAUUGAAAAUGAUGUCUAAAGUAGAUACGGAUAUCGUCACUGAUAUCUUCCAGCGAAACACUCCACUGAGUGAAAAAGUAGACAAUAGCAUCCGAAAGUUUAUCGGAAAAAUAAACCAUUCAGCACAAUAUGCAAAAGACUUGAUUGAAGGUACAUAUACUCGUAUUAGCCAAGUAAAGAAUUAUAGACCGAUACCAAAGAACUUGCGAUCAACGCUUAUCCUGAUUAAAGCUAAUCUUUCUGAUGAUAGAGUUGGAGAAGAUUCUUUGAAGGGAUUUUCUCUGAAGCCUAUUGUUGAAUAUGAACUUAACGCUCCUCUGGCGUUUACCUCGCAAGACUUACAAUGCGCUGCUAUUAUAAAUAGACAUCUUAGUAAAGAUGUUUUGGAUGAUUUUGAAAAACGCAAUUUGUGUGAAACAUACGAAAUUACAUGCAGCAGUUCAACGGUAACUAUGUAA